AUGAGCUCCAACAACAUCAAGCCCAGUACUGCAACCAAGGCCGGCCAGAGCGCAUACCCAGGAGUUGCGCCAAACAACCAGUCUAUUCUGCUUGAAAAGCUGAAUGUUCGAAGAUCUACACCAGACUCUGAAGCCCUGGCAAGUUCGGACGACGAACCCGACCCUCAUCGACAAGACGCGCAUCGACCACAAGUACAGCCUCAGAAGCCUGUACGUCGUGCUUCUUGGUUGAACGAUACAUCACAAACUACGUUACCCCAUCCGAGGAAAGGUUCAUUUGCGAGCAGUUCUAUGUCACCAACAGCCUCACACCCUAGUACCCCAUCAGCCGAGCCAGGUGCAACCACUUGGGGUUCCCAUACUACAUCUUCGGCGGCGAUGGGAAGAGGACAUCAAGGACCGCCGUCUUUCCCAUGGGGAACAGGCAUUUGGAACACAGAGCGUAAGGAGCCGCCUUCUCGAUUGACCGAAGUCCUCCCUUCGCCGACAUCUACUGUUCCCAGUAAUGCUGGUUUCUUUGGUGAAGAUGGUUCGUUGGCGCAAACCUCGCCCACUCCACGAGAGCAGAAUCCUAACCCACAAAUUCCGUUCGCCAUUCCCUUGCACCCAACCCCCAAGACAUAUCGUUCCCAGUCAUACUCGGUAGGUCAGUUAGACCCGGAUACAACGACGCCGACGAUGCCUACGUCUUCGGUGCUAUCGGGAAGACCGCGUGCUACCCUUGGACACCCUGGAUUGCAGCACAGACCUUCGCGCCCGAGUAUGUUGAGUGAGAUGUCCAGUGAAGGUGCGAUGUUAGGUAAAGUGAAGGAGGUUGAGGAUGAUGAUGAUGAGAGUGCCAGCGACACGGCUCAGGCAUCUCAUCAGCAGCAAAGUGCCGAGGCGAAGACAAUAGAGAUGCUCACUCGGGAGAAUGCUAUGUUGAGACAGCAACAGCAGCAACAGCAAUAUCACAACUCCAGGAUCAGACCCCGUGCAUCAACUGCCGCUACUUACGGAUUAGGUAACGGAUAUGGCGUCCGUGGACCCGUUCCCGAAGAAUCUGACUUCGCGAUUGAUGAACUAGAUGAAGCUGGAGAGGGCCUGGACAGUGCCUCGAAACGAGGAUUAGGAAGGCGCAUGAGCGAAUACGCGUCUGCGUCUGGGGCUUUCCGUUCCCCUUAUCCCCUAGAGAAUAGAAAGCUCGAAAAUGUUAAGAAAGCAUAUUGGCAGAGUUCUUUAGGCUUUGGUGGUUUAACCGAGAUUUCGCAGAGCCGUAGACAUUCGUUUGCCGACGUGCCUACGCGACAAGGAUCAAUCGGUUCUGUUGGCGAGGGUGUUUCCCUUCAUGAUGUAACUUCCGCAGAGGCAGCACAGUCUCAUUCUCAAGACUUUGGCGGAUUCCCCGAGGGCGCAGGCUUUCAAACUGCUGCUAGUCCGGUAUCCUAUUACUCAGGUGGAGGCAACGCUCCUAAUGCACACCAAGCCAUUGCGUCGUCCGCUUAUGGUAAUCCGUACCAGUCAGCCUACGGACUUCCUUCUACCUUUGGUAACCGUCCGCCAUCGCCUCACAGGAGUAUGUACGGAAUGAGCCAGCCCAGACACAACCAACUGCUACAUAUUGUUCUUUUCAAGUGUUCUAGGGCAGAUGUGUUCUACAUACAAGAAGGAACUGGCCUUACGGUUAAACCUGGAGAUCUUGUCAUUGUAGAGGCGGAUCGGGGAACUGAUCUUGGAACCGUGGCUCGUGAUAAUGUGGACUGGCAAACAGCUAAAGAAUUGAAGGAGCACUACGCUGAAGAGCACUACAAAUGGUUGAUGAUGUAUUCCCAAAAUGCCGCGGCCGCUCAGGAAGGGACCGGAGCUGGUUUGAUGGCUGCAUCUAACGGUCUUCAAGGCAGCGCAAUUGGUGGAAUGGGACCACCAAGCCAGCAUCACAUGCAAGAACCAAAUGCGGGCGAACUUAAACCGAAGCUCAUUAAACGCCUGGCACAGAGUCACGAGAUUCACAACCUUCGAGAUAAAGAAGGAAACGAAGCUAAGGCGAAGCGUAUGUGUAUGCAGAAGGUGAAGGAGCAUGGCCUGAACAUGGAGAUUCUCGAUGCCGAGUUCCAGAUGGAUUGGAAGAAAUUAACCUUUUACUACUUCGCCGACUAG